AUGCUGGUUCCUACUCCCAGUGCCAGGUCGCAGGUCCCCCACGAGGCUACAUACCCCAUUGUCUCGCCCAUUACACACCAUCACGGCACCUCAGCUGCCCGUCAUGCACAAAUCACCCUCCUGCACGUCAGACCGCAGAGAACCGCAUCCUCGUCAUCAUCACCAUCACUACCACUACCACUGCCACACUACUUGGCCGACACUGCCGCCAUCCACUUCUGCUCGUCCUGCUUGUCAAAGUGCAGCAGCAUGCCCAGCACCGGGAUGAGCUGCUGCUGGUACUUGCGGUCGCGCUGCUCGAGGAACUGCAGCAGUACAUUCUUCAGGUACACAUAG